CUUAGUCGGCGUCUAGUCUGUAGGUAGCUCGCUCCCGCGCGGGCUCGCUCGUUCUUAUCUUGGGGUUUGAUCUGCGCGGCGGCGGCGGCGGCAGCAGCGAGAAUCGGCGCUUCCCGAUGCACUUUGGGCUUUCUAAACAUAAACCGACUUCCCCACACCUUCACAUGUAAAAGUGGAAGAGACCGCAGCUAGAUUCUUGAGCUCCGUUGGAGAUGCCCUGUAUCCAAACACAAUAUGGGACCUUGCUUCAGAAUGGAGGGUCCUGCGAGCGCUACCCAGCAGACCUCUUGACCCCUGAGCUUGGCAAACCCACCAUGGACCUGGUCAAUACCGAGAUCUCUGCUGCCACUACUACUCUGCCCAGCUUCAGCACCUUCAUGGACAAUUAUACAGGCGAAUUUGACGCUUUCCUCUACCAGAUUCCAGCUGCGAACCCCAAUACCACAUCCUUUAAGCUGGAAGAUUUCCAAGUAUAUGGUUGUUAUCCUGGCCCUUUCAGCAGCCAGUUGGAUGAGACCAUGUCCUCAAGUGGCUCAGACUAUUAUGGCAGUCCAUGCUCAGUCCCUUCCCCUUCCACGCCAAGUUUCCAGACUUCCCAAGGGCCAACUUGGGAGAACUCCUUUGGAAGCUAUUCCCCCACUCAUACUUAUGAGGGCAUGAAGCCCUGGGUGGCAGCGGCAACAGCAGAGCCUCCCAAAAGUAGUUCUACUCAACCAUCUUAUUUUUCCUUUGGCCUUUCGACCCACAGCCCUGGAAUCCCACCCCAGAGUCCUCUGAAGAUGCAGCCAACGGCCCACCAGCACUUGGUGGACGGAGAAGUCUUCUCACUCCCACAAACCUCCUCUUCAGUCAAUUUUUCUCCUUUGCCACUCAGCCAGGCCUCACCAGGCCUGGAUGGCUCUGGCCUGUUGGACAGUUCCCUCUCGCCCACAAAGACACGCAGCCCUGGAUCCAAUGAAGGGCGCUGUGCUGUAUGUGGGGACAACGCUUCGUGCCAACACUAUGGUGUCCGGACCUGUGAGGGCUGCAAAGGUUUUUUCAAGCGCACAGUACAGAAGAAUGCCAAAUAUAUCUGCUUAGCCAACAAAGAUUGCCCUGUGGACAAGCGGCGGAGAAACCGGUGCCAGUUUUGUCGGUUCCAGAAGUGCCUUGCUGUGGGAAUGGUCAAAGAAGUGGUGCGGACAGACAGCCUGAAAGGCCGACGUGGUCGGCUGCCCUCCAAGCCCAAACAAGCUCAAGAUAUUUCACCGGUCAGCCUCAUCUCCUCUCUUGUGAGAGCACACAUAGAUUCUGUACCCAGCGCUACCAAACUUGACUAUUCCAAGUUCCAGGAAUCUGUCUCCUAUCAAUUUGAGAAGGAGGACUGUGUGGAUGUUCAGCAGUUCUAUGACUUAUUAACGGGCUCAAUGGACGUGAUCCGGAAAUGGGCAGAGAAGAUUCAAGGCUUCCUAGAGCUUCCAAAAGAGGACCAGGACCUGCUUUUGGAAUCUGCUUUUUUGGAGCUCUUCAUUCUCCGGCUCGCAUACAGAUCCAAGCCAGAAGAAGGCACACUUAUCUUCUGUAAUGGUGUUGUGCUGCAUCGUAUGCAGUGUGUCCGGGGUUUUGGGGAAUGGAUAGAUUCCAUCAUUGAAUUUUCCCAGAACCUCCACCGCAUGAAUAUUGAUGUGCCCUCCUUCUCCUGCCUUGCAGCACUUGUCAUAAUUACAGACCGCCAUGGGCUAAAGGAGCCAAAGAAGGUUGAAGACCUCCAGAACCGCAUUGUCAAUUGCCUUAAGGACCACGUGACCUCCAUCACCAAUGAGCAGGUACAUCCAAACUGUCUCUCGAAGUUAUUGGGCAAACUUCCUGAGCUCCGCACCCUUUGCACUCAAGGCCUACAGCGCAUCUUCUACUUGAAGCUAGAAGAUCUGGUGCCCCCUCCUCCCAUUGUGGAUAAAAUAUUCAUGGACACACUGCCAUUCUGAGGACAAGGUGGAGGGAAGCCACCAUGAACCAAACGGUGCUUUCUUUGGGGGAGAGUGUCUUUGUUUGGGUUUCUCCUCCUCCUCCUUACUGCCACCACCACCGCCGCCAUUUAUCUUCCUCGGAGGCAGAGAAAAACUCGCUGAGUGAAUAUUCUUCUGCCUUCUGUCUGGAGGGAAGAUUGCAGGAACAUUUCCAGAGACAUUUCCGGAAGAGUGUUUUAAAAUGUUAGCCCAGUGGCUGGAGACUGAAAACCACAAGCACUGUAUGUGCCCUUUCCCCUUCAUUCCCUUUAAGUUUAGAAGUUACCAGGACAUUAAGAAUUGCCAUGUAAUUCUCUCCGAACUUAGGACAACUUCUUGGGGUUUGUAUUUUUUUUAAAACUUGUGGGGGAAGCCCUGUGUGCCUUCUCGGGUUACAUACACAAUCCCUAAGCAAUGCUGCCUUGUCCCAGGACCUGCCAACAGCUCUGUGUGCAAUCCAGAACCCCUCUUCCAUACUGUUGCAUGGAGCCACUGUCUGUAUCACAAAUGGAACGUUUCCAUUGAUUUGACAGUUGAAGGCCAGUUAGAGAUUUAGAAUUAAAAAAAAAAAAAAGUUGUCUUCUCUUAUUUGACCUUGUCAUCAGGCCUGGAUCAACCCCAGCGGAGAAUACACUCCCAGGUUUGGGAAGUGAAGUUUUCCAACCCCUUGGCCUAGAAGCUGUUUGCAUCCUGUCCUUGGUGCAACUGGGGGGGGAGGGGGGGUCAGGGAGAGUUUUGCCGUAAAUGAGCAUGUGUCCCUCCCACCUGCUGCUUAGACAGUGGCAGUUUUGCUCUGUUGAGUAUUUUCUCUGUAAAAGAUGUAUAUAAGAAGAAUGAUGGGUUGGCCUGUAAAUACAGAUGAAAGAUGUGCAGAGGGAGGAAAGGAAGGCUCUUUGUCUUGGGCCACCAACAAUUGUGUAUCACUCUAUACCUGCAGGACACCUUCUGUCUUUCUAUGUAAAUAACUUUGUAUUGUAAAGUCCUCCAUUUUUUGACAUUUAUAUUUGUCUAUCCCUGCUUUCCAAUUUCCAGUAUGUGACUUUUCCAAUUAUUAAUAUAUAUAAAUAUAUAUAUAUUUAAUAUAUUGAAUAAAAAAGAAUACCCAAGUAGAUGUAACUCUUAAUCCCACUUGUUUAUGUGCCUGAUCAUUUACAUGCCAGGGUAGCCCAAGUGCUUUGAAACUGGAGAAUUCUUUGCAGGGGAAGCUGUGGUUCUCAUCCCAUGCUUCAACUCC